AUGCGGGACUCUAUCAAAAGAACGACCUACGUGGGGGGGCAUGUUGUGAAACUUGGACCGGGAAAUGACGAAGCCGCCCAAGAAGCCUUGCGAACAUGGCCCGGUGGCUUGCAAGUGGCUGGGGGAAUUACCGAUCAAAAUGCGCAAUAUUGGAUCGACCAGGGCGCCGAGAAGGUGAUCAUCACUUCAUUCCUCUUUCCGUCAGGCAAAUUCUCCCUUGAACGGCUCGAGUCAGUCCUCGCGGCUCUUGGUGGCGAUAAGUCCAAGCUGGUUUUAGACUUGAGUUGCCGCAGAAAAGAUAACACAUGGUUUGUGGCAAUGGACCGCUGGCAAACUAUUACAGAGAUGGAGAUCAAUCAAGAAUCCAUUGCUCUUUUGGAGCCUUACUGCUCCGAAUUCUUGAUUCACGCUGCCGACGUGGAAGGCCUGCAGCAGGGUGUGGACGAGGAGUUGGUGUCAAAACUGGCCGAGUGGUGCACCAUCCCCAUUACGUAUGCUGGUGGAGCUCGCCAUCUUCAAGAUCUGGAAAAGGUGCACACUAGCAGCAAGGGCAAAGUCGAUCUGACUAUUGGCAGCGCUCUAGAUAUCUUCGGUGGCUCUGGAGUGACGUUUGACGAAUGCGUUGAAGCCGGCGAAGUUCCAAGGCCGAGACAUGUCGUUGGCUGGCGCAUGACCGAAAGCGGCUUAGGCGCUGGAUGUGAGCUCCGCCCGCCAACCUCCGUGUCUUCCUCGCUUCUCAUCGUCUGCGAUCUCCCCGCGUCUUUGGGUGUCCUUGUGUUUCAAUCUACGAAGUCUGAGUAUUCUCAGCGCCUCCUCCUCCAUUGUCAUUUCUAUCUCGAAUCGAUUCUCGCUCCCGACCGCCAGGAUGAAGCCCAUAGUGUCGGCAUUGAAUGCCUGGUCCUGCACAAUGCGCCCCAUCGCAUUGCUCAGUUGGAUCUUCAAGAGGAGGAGACGCUAACGAUUUAUUUCCUUCCUCAGAGUAAUAAUCACGCCUAUACUGGCUCAGAAGGAGAACCCGAGGAUGGUCCUGCAGUUGCUGCCUCCAUCUACAUCGCGGUGCUCGUCUACGCUGGUUUCUUCGUCUUCUGCGGUUUCCAGGCCUACCUUCACAUAGUAGACCGCAGGGGCGGUGCCAUAUCACUCCGCUAA